GAGCCUCUCAAAAUAAUCAGCCACAAUAUUUGAUGUGAUUCUCUCAGAGAUUAAGGAAGAAUUAUACAAACUUUAAUUGGUAGUAAUGGAUUUCUUCUCUGCGUUUAGAUCAUAUUCAUGUUAUUGAAAUUCACAGUAUUGUCAUCGUCAAGAAACUAGAGCCAGUAUGAUUUAAAGAAAACUUGCUUCGCCUGAAAAUUAGCGAACAGUUUUUCUUUGGUCUAAAACUGAUUCGUGGCUAAUAAGUUUCAUUGAAAGCAAUGGUUUAUGCCAUGGCUGAGACAAAAUCAGGUCCUUUGUCGCCGAAGAAGCCAGUGAAAGAGAAAAUUGUGGGAAUCUACGAUGACUUUUUUAAGGUAAUUGACUUGCUUUGAUUCUUUUUUAUUUAUUUAUUACUAAAUGUCUAAUGAGUACGUGUAUACUGUAUAUAUGUUAAUAGUUUUUGGUUAUGAUGCGUGUAUCACCAUUGCAAUCAUUACAAAUAAUACAUGUGUGAUCAGUUUGUUUUUCAACAUAAGUUUGCGUUAGCUGCUCUUUUCGAAUUUCCCCUAAUUGUAGGAGAUUCUUCUUUAGAGCGUAAUUGGCAAGAUGUCAAUGUGGCGUUUUUUAAUUGUUUCAUUUCGCAGUGAUGAUCGCUGACAUGAUUAUUUGGAUGAUUACCAUAAAAAAACAUUUUAAAUUCAUUUGAAUAAGAGUUUUGCGUGGAUAAACAAUUACCUAUGUAAUGUUAUGUUAAUGAUAGUAAUUAGUACGUAGAAUAACAGAACAUGUUAAGAAGGAUGUGUUUUGAUCACACUCUUUUUAUUUAGGGAGGUGAGCCAUCUCGUGAUAAUCCAAAUUUCUGGCAUGAAUUUUUUCUUUUGAGGGUAAGUUGUGAUUGUUUAAAAAAAAACUUUGAGUGUUGAUGGGGGUGGAGAGGGAAGGAUGUUGAGGUCAUUCUCUCCUUUGGUUCCCAGCCCUUCUCUCCAGCCUCUCAGACUCAGUGACCUCUGACUUCUAUCUUCUGCUCUUCGUGAAAAAUUGCAGAUAAUUGAUAAAUGACUGCUUGUCUCCAAGGGUUUGUCUCAACAUCACUCUUACCUCCUAUUUCCUAUUAACACCCCUUCCCCAACUCACUCUCAUAUUCAUCCCCGCUCCUGUGCUCUGACUGCUUCAACUUUCAAGGCAAUCAUAGUAAACUACAAGAUGGUGUAUGUGCAUGUAAAUAAAUAAUUUCGUCUCAAAAUUUGUAGCUAGGUUUUGGCUUCUCUUUGGGUGUUUUUGGCUUCUGCUGUAGAAUGUUAGUCCUUAACAUUAUGAUAUUAAUUUAAACUUAACUAAUUUAGUGGAGGUGCGGUGGCCUCAUGGUUAGUGUGCUUGACUCCGGAUCGAGUGGUCUGGGUUCGAGCCCUGGCUGUGGUCAUUGUGUUGUGUUCUUAGGCAAGACACUUUACUCUCACAGUGUUUCUCUUCACCCAGGUGUACAAAUGGGUACCAGCAAAUAUGCUGAGGGUAACCCUGCAAUGGACUAGCAUCCCUUCCAAGGGGGAGUAGCAAUACUCCUAGCUGCCUCAUGCUAAGGAAACCGGGGUUAAGCGCCGGCCCCAUGGGCCACUUGGGCUUGUAUAAAGGCUUUACUUUUUAAUUUACUGUGAAUUCCUUGUAGGUUAAUGCCAUCUACCUUGAAAAGUGUAUCGACAAACUUAGUGAAGAGGAACUUAUGGAUGUCAAGGUACAGGCUGCAAAUGAAAGGCUACAACACAGUGUUAGUUGUUACACGCAUGGUUAAUUUUAUACUGUUAUGAGGGCUCGUAUCCAUCCAUACUAAUGCCUUAUGGCAUGAGCAAGGAGUUAUUUUAAGUGUAAUUUAACUUUGUACACAACUUUUAUUCAGGAGAACAUCAACCUUCUGUUCGCCCAGUGCUGUAUUGCUUUACGAGGAGAUCACCAAAUAAAACUAGUCAAUGCUCUUCAGGUUUGUAUAGUAUUGGAAUAUCUUAAACUUUGCCUGAUGUAUAAAAUUGCUUGGUUAAGAUAAUUUAGGAUAAAAAGAACCAAAAAUCAACAUGAUUUUGCUAAUUGCAGACACUGUGUGCACUUGUGCGAGCAGUUUACAGAAAGAGAUUAGGAGACCAUGGAUUUGACAUAAUAAACAUUUUGAUUGGAUUUGAUGCUGCUGAAGCUCAGAUGCAGGUUUGUUCAUUUACUUGAAAGUGUUUAAUACUAUACCAUUCUUGUUCAGUGUUGUGCUGCUUGAAUAAUAUGCAAGAAUCUCCUUGAAAAUUAAAGAUCAUGCAAGAGUAGUUCAAAUGGUGGAUUGUGCCAUCUGCUGAAAACAUUUCUAUCAGUUGAACGGUGCUGUUCAUUUUGUUUUUUGCUGGAUAAUGAUUUAUUCUUUGGAUAGCAAUAUGUCUGUUGGAUAACAAUAUAUUGGGAAGCAGGGAUUAUGUAGUGGUCAGAAUGUUCCCCUCUCAUUGCUGUGGCCCAGGUUCAAUUCUCAGACCUGUCAUUACAUAAGGGUUGUGUUUGUUGUUAACCCUUUAAAUCCCAGAAGUGAUCAACAUGAAACUUCUCCCUAUAAUAUCCUUACACUAUCCAGCAAAUAGGUAGUGAGAAUAUUCAAACUUAUCAGGUAGAUGUUGUUAUCCUAAUCUAGCACCAAAUUCUCAUUACUAUUUUACAAGGAAAUGUCUAGCAGCUGGAGGGGAGAAUUGAUAAUUUAAUUUUGGGAGUUAAAGGGUUAAUUCCUGUCCUAGUUCUGAUGUCUAUUCUCUGGGUCCUUCAGUUUCCCUUUUUCCAGGAAAACCAACAGUUCAGAUUCCAAUUUCACUUGGAAACAGCUAACAAGAAGAGCCACUUUUUGGGAUGUCUGCUGCUAAAUUCCCAUUCCCAUUCCCAUUUCCAUCUCCAUUCCCAUUUCCAUCUCCAUUCCCAUUCCCAGUGAUCUAUUUUAUCUCAUUAUCCAUCCAUUGAACAACUGGGAAGAGGUGAAUUUUAAAGCGUCAACUUACAUUUCAUCCAGUAUGCACACAUGGUAGUGAUAGUUAAUUCUUAAAUAUUAUCUCUAACAAUUGCUACUAUAAAUUAAAAGUGUCUUUCAUGUCAAAGAGUAAUUACAUUUUGCUGUUAUUCAUCAUGAUAUUUCAUUUCUUGUGUUUAGGGACUACUGGAAAGUUUGCAUACAUUUCUUGUUGGUGAUUAUCCUGGUAAUGAUUACUUAAUAACAACAAAGUUUAGUUAUUUCCCUUUUUUCAAGAGAGCUUAUCUUCAACCCCUCGAUAUCAUAGGUCAGCAAAGCAUACAAAUGUUAUCUGCAAUGUCAGCGCAAAAAUUCAAACUCUUAAGACAGGGGCUGCAUUUUUAGUAACAAACCAGAUACUUGUGAUAUAUUUAACUGUCAGAUGUUUAAGGUAAAGCCCCUUCUACACUGUAGCUAGUAUACUCUUUCAUCAAUACAUCAAAAACUGCAUGUACCAGUAGAUAACAUCAUUGGAUUCUCAAUGUUCCAUUUGGAAAGACAGGUAUUUUUUCCUUCAACCUGUUUGUCACCUUGGUUUCCUUUUUCUUUUUCUUUUUUUUUACAGUGAGCUUAAAGAAUCUGUCUCUUAAAUUGGCUCUUAUCCUUGUAACAGUAAGUACACGUUCAAAGUUAGUUUGUGGAAUAAUCUCAAUCUUCUUUAACUCUUUCACUCCUAGGAUCUCAUUGGGAAUUCUCGUUACUGUCUGCCGUGCAAUUCUUAUGAUUUUAGUUCUGAGAAUUUGUGAUUGGAUUAACUAUUUAUACCCUAAAUGAUAUUUUUCUUUACUUUCAUCACUCUUUUGCAUGAUGGUAUUUGGGUUUUGUAAACUAAGGUAAAGUUCUGUCUUGGUCACUUAUGGGAGUUUAUUAGUUAAGUAGAUAUGUUUUCCCUUUAAAUCUUGCUCAGUAUGUGCAAACUUCAUUUGUGGCAAGGGUUCCCAUCUGAGCCUGACAAUUUUCAUCUAUUUGUUGCAGGCAACAGACAAUGUUAGUCAGAACACAAUUGUGGAGUAUAUUAUGAUCAACAGCAUCUUUGAAGCUGUUAUUCAGGUAAUAUUUAGAGUAUUUACUAGUUUCAUAGUCAUGAAUACAUUGUGAAACAUGAUAACCACUUUAGACACUCUACAAUUGUUCUGACUUACAAAGAAGGAUGUUGAAAAUUUUGUCAUGAAUUUUUUGGGUCAAAGAAAACAAUAUGUCACAUUCUAAGAUGGCUUGAACCUCUGACUUUGUAGUGGGAUGCUUUGUCAACAGAGUUAUAUAAAACUCAUGGUCUGGUGAAUGAAGCCAUUGCUCCAUUCAUUUGAGACAUUCGUCAUACAUUCUGUAAGGAUCAGAAAUGUCUAAAGGAUCCUUUCCAGAGGUCAAGGUAGAAAGAUGGUCGUGUGAACUUUGAGCUUGUUUGUGGAAUAAAGGACGAUCUCAAAUUAUGGAGAGAGAAAGAGAGAAAAAAGAUUGAUUCAGUACAGAUUAUUCAAGCCCCAGACCAUCCAACUUCACUGUCAGAUGGUUCAUUCUAAUAAAAACUUUCCAUUGGUAAAGGUUCUUGCUGAUCCAGUGGCCAGACAGCAACAUGGAUAUGAAGCAAUGCUGCUGCUGACAAUUCUGGUGAAUUACAGGAAGUAUGAGGUAAGUGAUGGACAAUUGUAAACCUGUUGGAUUAUUUUGCGGAUCAAAACUGUAAAAGAGAUGCUUAUGAACAGUUAUUGAUAAAGUUGUAUUACUACUGUAGCCAAUAUGGAAUAUAUUUUACACUAGCAAAAGUCUAAAUGAUUUUAAUCAAUUUCCUUGCAAAAUCACUUAAAUUGUUUUUUCUUUUUAUGUGGCUAUACUUAAAUGUAAUUAUAAUUUUAUAAUCAUAUUCAUCCAUGUUUGAAAAAAUUCCAUCUUUAAAAUUGUCAUUAAAAAAAAAUUUUUUUCCUUCUUUUUUAUCAGGCCUCAAAUCCAUAUAUUGGGAAGUUAUCCAUUUUGGACGAUGAAUUAGCUCUUAAUGUAUGUAUAACAAAGAACAGUAAGGAAAAAUUUCAAAAUUGCUAAUUAGCUUUUGUGUAUUUGUAUUUGCAACAUUUAGACAGGCUGGCCCAGUUCAGCUUAAAUCUGGUUUGCGUGGGGCCUUUAAUGAUACCAGGAGCUACAUUCCUUACUCUUUGUGAGAAGUGCAUGGGUUCCUUAACAUCCCCUCUGCUAACAGGGGAUGCAGAUUCAGAAGAAGACUAGAAUGGCCAAUCAUUUGUGGAUGUCAUAGUAAAGGCAGCAGAUUUUCCUCAGUUAUUUUGAGACCUUGAAUGUUGGUCAAGUGUGGGAAUUGAACUGUCAACCUUCGGCAUGGCAGUCUGGGGCUCUACAACACGAGCUAACAGAAUCGUUUUAAUAACUUGAAGAGCUCAAUUUGACUCAGGAAUGGCCAAAUUUUAAAUUUUGUUCCUGUUCAUGAUAAUUUUGAAGAAUUAUUUUACCAUGUUCAUGUUACAAAUGAUCCCAAACACUUGUAAUUAUGUUUUCAAGCAUGAUUAUGAAGUUAAAGAAGUGAUCUUGUUAGAUUUAUUUCUCUGGAAUAUAAACAUAGUGAUAUUCACUGAAUGUGCAUCUUGUAUUUCUUCUCCCUUUGAAGGGUUUUGGAUGUGUUAUAUCAGCCGCACUUACCGAUUACAACAGGUAUGUUUUCAAAGAUUAGUGAGCACACAGUAUUUCCUCAAAUAGGUAGCUAUUCUCUUACAACUGCCCGUCCAAAUAAGCAACCACACCCGUGGCCAUGAAGGAAAAUGAGUUACCUUUGUUUUUUGUGUUACUAGCAAGCUUGUUCAAGUUGAAUCUGUUUGGGGCCAAUAUUUUUAUCUUAUACUUUUCUGUUACCUUUUUAGCUUCAACUAUAUCUCCAUGAUUACUUUUGAGAUAAAAUUUUGGCACUUAUGUGGUUUAUUUUACUCUCAAUUGUUAGAUAUAAUCCCAUAAUACACUCAGUUCAACAUGUUUUACUUUGUUCCAGGAAACAUGCAGCCAUGUUAGAGCAGGCCUCGGGAGGAUUAAUCAGCUCCAUUACCAGCUUUGUAUGCAUCCUUCCCAUACGAAAUUUACUUUAAGUUCUGGGUCUGUAUGGAAAGGGGAAAAUUUUUUUAAUCUUAGAACUUGCAAUAUAUACAGCACUUUUCAGCUGAGUUUCGUAAAAACCAAAACCAAAGUAAUCAUAAGGGCCAAUCGGAAGAGAGGGAAAUACCACCAAAAGCCAAUGAGAGCUCAGAAUGAAAACAAGCAAACUGCUUAAAGCGCGGGAAAAACGCGGGCGACCAAGAUGUGUUUGGUUUUAGUUUUGCGGCUGAUUGGUUGAGAGAGUGACGCGAGUUUUUUUUACCAAUCAAAGAGCGAAGUGAAGCCAAAAAAAACCAAUCCCCGAUUUCUUUCGACACUCACUUGAAAAUUGUUCUCUUGUAACCAAACUUAGUCAAAAGCACUUUAUGAUAGUCGUUCUUUCUCUUUCUUCCUUACAACUUUCAGCUAGCCUCUCGCAUGUGCCAGUGCCUUACUUGUUCGUUUUAUUGUUCCAUAGGUUGGAAGCAUGUUCGUUGCUGAGACAGAACGAGCGGAAUGUUUCAGGUAUCCGAUUGUAGCUUACCUCAUUUAGAACAUUUAACUCACGGAUUGCGAAAUGAUAUGGAUUUAUGAACUCUAUAGAACUUCCGAUGACACAUACAGGCUGAUUAGUAAGUUUCCGUUCUCCUCCUUGUGGGAGAUGCCUAACGGUUAGCAUGCUGGACCCUGGUCGCGUUCUUGUGUUCUUGGGAACGACACAUUACUUUUACCUAGUACCUCUCUCCACCCAUGAGGAUAAAUGGUUAACAGUGAACCCCCCCUGGAAGUCUGAUAAAAAAAAACGGGGCGGGGGGGGGGGCAAUGCUCCUAGUCGCUUCACUCUACAGAGACUGAGAUAAGCUUUGGCCAGAUAAGCCAUUUGACUUCGUAGGUAACUUUGCAUGGUAUGUAAAUCGCUUUUGGGAGUAUUAACUACCACCAUUCCGGGAUCGAUUCACUUGAAUAAGGAUGUGCAACUGGCCUGUUUUUCACCCAACUCGGCUUUGGACGAAAUCGGGUGCUGGGCGCGAAGUGCGAGUCACGCGCGAGUUCUUCCUCUAGCUUGUGACUCGCUCUGUUCGUGUGAGUCGCUCUUUAUGUGCGACUCGUUCUUCAUGCGUAUCACGUGCUUUACGCGCGACUCGUCAGGACUCGUUUUUUGCGCAUGACUUGCUUUUUGCGCAUGAACUCGCUCUUUACUCAACCUCGCGAUUACUUCCGCCCGCCUCAAAGACGCAAUUUUUUUUCCUUCAGACUUGUGUGCAUCAUGUAGCAAAUUUGAAUGAGAUUGAAGCAGUAGGAAUUAAUCAAGUUCCGUUUUCAAUCUUUGCUAAACCUUCAUGUUAUUUCUUGUUAGCACGAAUGAAGCAGUCCUUUUAGCUCUGUAUGAAGCGGUGCACCUCAACAGAAAUUUCUUCACUGUUCUUAGUCAUGUUACGGUAAGCGCCUGUAGGGUUUUGACAACUUUAAUUUACAGCUUUGAUAUCAGUUUUUUCGAUAAGUUCGAAAGGACUCGAACUGUAGACCUUUGGAGCUUUCGGCCGAUGCUCUUAAACUGAGCUGAGUAACAGAGAACUCGUUUUGAGUCAGCUCAAAAAGAAGUGCUAUGAGAGUUUCUUUUAAACGGCUUGUACAAACAAUAUUACAUAUUGAACAGGACCGUUAGUAUUUUGGUCUUCACCUUACUAAUUUGUUUAAAAGCUCAGAUGAAGAAAAAAGAGAGAGAGCCGAGAGAAGGCGUGAUAGCCUACAUUUUGCGAGGCCAUGUUUAAUAAUUUUUAAUCUGCAUUCAUUUUGUUUGUCAAAUGUUAUCUUUUCUUCAGACCGCUCCUGGAUCCAGUCCUCCUCCAUCACCGACAGCCGCUCCUCCUGUGGUUGAAAGGACUGCCACCGGUCGGUACAGUUACAUGUAAUAUAGGGUAAUUUUUGAUGGGUUCGUCUUCUUUACGCCUCGUAAUUGGUUCACAAAACUCGUGCCACUAUUCCAACCAAUCAGAUGCUCUGGUCUUUGGUCCCUCGCGUUUUCCCGCGCUUAAGGCAGUUAAUAUAUGUUUAAUUUGAGUUCUUUAAGCGUUUUUGAAAUAUCUAUAUUUAUUUUGAUGGGCUAUCGAGAUUUAUUUGCUUUUGAUUUUAAAAAGUCAGUUAAAUAAGUACCAUUCAAAAUCAAAUUCAGAGGAUUGAUUUUCAUUUACGGACAAUACUUCCACGUAUGACUGCAACAACGCAUUGCAAAAUGCUAGGUAGUUUUGAAUAUCGUAGGAGUCAGGAAAAAAAAUCACCCAGCGCUUAUGGCUUAGCGGAUAUCACUUCUCAUUUCUAUUCUUCGUUUUUUUAUCCUCAUAGCCGCUGUCGUUGAAGACUUUCCACCCGACUUGAGUCAGCCCACGAAUUUACUCGUAACCCUCUUAACAUAUUCCUCCAUUGCUCUACAGAAUACAAAAGGUAAGGUAAAAUAGGCCUUGAUGUGUUUCUGUUUUCCUUCCCAAAGGAAACCCGUGGUAACUUCAAUACUAUAGUCUGAUCGUCCGGGUGAGUGUAGUCCUGAGAGGGUCUGUUGUCGGUAGUAGUGCCUGAUGUUUCGGCCACCUCAGCGGAAGUCAGUAUCAACGUAACGUUAUUUGUCUUUCAGAUGACAAAGGAGUAAGCAAUGCCAAGCUGUGUCUGGUGAUUUUAACAUGUAUUGUGGAGGUAAGAUCAACUCCUUUGAAAACAGAUUCUUUUACCGCAGGCAAACGGACUGCAUAAUUAGUAAACGGAUAUUUUUCCGUGCAACGAACUGAUUCGUAGUGAGAAAACUGACUUGGCUUCACAAAGAUCCACCAAGCCUUUCUGAUUGAUGGUUGCUAGUGGUGAACUUUUCGUACAAGUGACAAUCAAUCAGAGAUACGAAAAUAAUUUUUAAAGAGCACCUAAUCGGAAUGGAAUGUUCAGGUUCGAACUUAAUCCCCCCUAAGUCUUGUGUGAGGGGUGCGAAGCAAAUGAAGCUGUUGUCGCGUUGAACGAAGUCAUCAUUUGCAUAUUUCUAACCUCUAAAAUUAUUGCAUUUUUUCCCAACUUAGAAACUUCUAGGUAUACUACAAUACAUGUAGCUUAAUCUUCCAACGCUGUUUGUUGUUCUUCAGGAUCAGUAUGCGAAUGUUUUUCUUCACGACGCGAACAUGACGUUCUCAGUACCACUUCACAGAGCGGUAUGUACUGCGGACUAUUUUAAUUGAGCCCACGGUCGGUGGUAGAAGUGUACGAACAGCGAGAGUCGAAGUGCUCGUAAUGUUUUCUGAUUGGAUAAUGCUCAUCGGGAACCCAUUUGGGAGUAUCCGGCCAUCAUGUCUCAGGAGUUUUUCUAUUGUAGUACUGGUGUCCAAAAAGAUAUGCGGCAAAGAUAGCUUACAGUGAUAACUGGACGGCCUUUGAGGAAUUUGCAAAUUGUUGGGAAUAUUUUAUUUUCGUUAACCACGAGUAGAGCCCCUUGGUUUAAAGGUCCAAAACCUUUUGAUUCGGGUCAUCCCAGGCUCAUUUCACAUGUACCUCUGUUAGUGAAGCGUUAGAUCCUCUAAUUAAUAAAAGCUUAAGUGUUUAUUGUGUCGUUUUUCCUCUUUAUCAUAGGAAAUGUACCACAGAGGCCCAGUUAUCGAAAAGAACGCUCCUUCAAGACCUCUCGCGUGUGCGUUACUUGGUAAGUAUUUACAGAGAAUUGUUUUCGGGGCUUCUUUAUCACAAAUCAGUUGAAAUUAUACGGGAAGAAUUAUUGAAUGUUUCAACUUCAAUGAAUGAAAGUGUUUGUCUUUCAGACCUCAUGGUGGAAUUUAUUGUAACUCACAUGAUGAAAACUUUACCAAUUGACUUGUACAGGUAAAAAGUGACGACUUUGAACGUUGACCCUCUCACUAAGGUUAUAAAAUCUUGCAAUUUCUUCCUGCGAUUUUAAAACACUUUGAAGUAGACGGAUAGCUUGCGAUGGACGCUGAAAUUAGCUAUCUUUUUGUUUCUUUACUCGUGCAGUAAAACAUUUGGAAUCUUGCAUCGUAUGCUGUGUUACCAGAAGAGAUGUCGAGUGAGACUCUCCUAUUCGUGGAAAAAUUUCUGGACGGCCCUUAUGAACUUCCUAAAGUUCCUUCUGUCCAAUGAAACGGUCCUCACCAAAACCUGUGAUAUCUUCUCCCUGGCAUCACAAGUACGUUUACAACUGAAUAUUCUUCUUUUUCCAUUCAGAGAUGAUGAAUUUGACGGUGGUAUCUGUUAAGUACUGACACAGACUCAAGCAGAAAUCACUCGUAACUCUUUAAACCCCUAAGAAAGACUUGCAUCUAAUUUCUCCUUACAAUAUCAACUAAAGAAGCUCUUGAUUGUUAAGCAAAGGAAUUAUGAAGAGAAAAGUGUGGAGAAUUUGCAUAUUGAUGUUAGGGUGUGAAGGUUUUAAGUUGUUCCCCUAUUUAUUAUAAGAGUUUGAUGAUUUGCGAUAAACUUCGUUAUUACUACAAACGAAAAAGCGACUGAGGAAGGCGAGUGGUAUAUUUUAAGGGGUAUACAUGUUUCUUUCCAUCUAAGCUUUCACUAUUAUUUACAUCCCUUUGUUGUAGGUCGUUAACAUUUUUAAUUUGUUCAUCACGUAUGGAGAUACAUUUCUUCCUUCUCCGACAUCAUACGAUGAACUCUACUACGAAAUCAUUCGCGUUCAUCAAAUUUUUGACAAUCUUUAUUCUAUGGGUGAGUAAUUAACGAUGUAUAGGAUAUUAUUAACUACUUUGUAAGCUGUCUUUCACUUAAAUUGAGUUUGUGUACGUGAUAUUAAGUUUACACAGCUUUCAGAGUGGUAUUGUUGUUUCAAAGAUGGUCAACUUGGUGGUGACUUAUGAUGUCACUGUUUCUCAUUGGCUGAUAUAUACGCGCGAAAAUUUAAGAUCGACUCAAGCCAAUCUUGGGGUAACAUCGAGCUAAAGAACACGUCAAACGUUAGCGCAUGUGCAAAUUUUGUAAUCACUGGGUGGCGUGCUUUCAGCGGGCUGUCAGAACCAGCUGUCUCACAAAAGUUACAAACAACCACACAAGCCAGUUGGUCACGUUGUUUACCCGCGUGAAACUUUUUUGGCAAAGCUCAAAACAGAAUGCUAAAUCAACAGGAUACCCGCACUUGAAUAAGCUUUGUGUUCAAAAAGUCUUGAGUUCUCCUUUUUCCUACUUUUGUUUCCUUUUUAUCGAUUUCUGUGAACGUUUCAAUUUCCUUUCGCUUAUUUUGCGAGAUAGCGUUUGUUUUUCACGUUUUCCUCGGAAAUUUUUCGCGAGAAUUUGGCGCAAGGCCGGCCAAAAUUGAUUCCCUUGUGCAUACCUUAUGUUUGACCGCUGUGUCUUCUUGGGGUAACAACGAGGUAAAGCGAAAUGUCAAGACUUGCAUCAGAGGCGAAAGAAUUAACUUAGAAUUUCUUUCUUUUUGCCAUUACUCGUCAGCUGUUAACGAUUUGUUUGAUGCCAACAGCGUUAAGACACUCAACAAAUGGUGGCGACUGGAAGGAUGCGGCUUCUCGUCUGGCGAGCUCUUUAGUGAAUGUCAGGUGAGAUAAAAAUUAAUUUUGAUCUAGUUUCGAAAAGGCAAAGUUAUCACAACGGCCAAUUCGAAUCAAAGUGUUAUAGCCAAUGGGAACUCAAAAUAAAUUAAUGUUUACGGCCUGAAGAGCUAGACUUUCAAUUUAGGUGGACAGCAUUUGAGUUAAUUUGCGCAUCCUGCCAUAGGUCAUCCUGGUUUCUGUUCCAUGAAGCGACCAGGAGUAAUACUUCAAGUAAUACUUCAAUACUUGUUAGUUCAUCGCAGCUUCACAAUGAAUGUAAACGCUUGACUUGCCUUGCAUUCUUCUUACAGGGCAAUCAUAAACCAUUUUACGCCAAAAAUCGAUUCAUGGGCAGCUGUCAAUCACCUGACGUCAAUGACUUCGGAACAGGUUUGUACACUGCUCAGGGACCAAUCAUUUUAUUGCCUUGGGGUUGGAGGAUUUAAGGGGGACCACUUGGUUUUCAGGGGGGAAUGAAGGGGGAAUCAGUCGUCAUCAACAGGGUAUGAAAGAGGAACUAUAGGAAAUUCACAGCCAGUAAACUGCCGGGGGGGGAGGGGGGGGGGAGGCAUGAGAAUAUUACAUAAACUUAAUUCGUGAUACAACUUACAACCAAAAUCCUGCGACCCUACUCCCCCAGACGAUUAUCGGUCCUUUUGUCGAAUUGCUCGCUUUUGAUGGUAAAUCGUUUGGCUUGAAAUGGUGGGCUUAUUACUAAGCAUUUAAAAGUAAAAACGCUGUAUGAUAAUUUAUGAUUUCAGGUAUUGGGCGUAAUACGUAGUAAUUAUGACACUUUGACGCUGAAACUCCAGGACAAUUUGGAUCAUUACGAAAAAUAUUCAGAGAAACCGGAUCAUUACGAAAAAAUAAACAAACAAACCGAAAAAACAGAAACGAAUGAAUUACCGAAAAGAACCGGGAUCUCAUUGGUGUUGCUUUACUUCGCUCUGUGAUUGGUCUAGAGAACUCGCAACAACUGGUGAGUAUACACUAUUUAGUAGUUGACCUUUUCUUUGUUCCUUCAGUUGACUUGAAGAGGACAGCAAAACUCGAUAUCCCUAGAUAGAUGGCGUUCCCUUUUUAACACGACUCUUAAAGUGAUUUUUAUUUUAUUCUAUUCUUAUUUGCACAGGUACGUUCAAUUGUUAUUGAAGUUCGCCGGACAAUUUCCGUCAGCAACCUCGAGCAGUUUAGUUUGCUACAAGAAUUUGCGACCAUACACUGA